AUGGAGACUGGGCUGGAUUUUGAGCUGGGAAGAAAAGACAAGAAAAACGUGCUGGCAGUCAGUGCAAAGGAACAGCUUUCAAAGGGAAGAAGUCUUUCAGCCUUGGGGACGUUUUUUUAAACCCUGGGAAGGAUGUUUAUCACAGUGAAGUUUGGGGAAGACCAAAAGGAGAUAUUUAAUCCGAACUGUAGAAUCAUUAACUUCAUCCACUCAUUGAAAGAGAGAUGUAACUGUAUGGAAGAAGUUUGUAUCGACCUGCUGGAUGAAUCGGGAGCCCUCGUGAAUUUGAGCGAACGUGAAAACUCGCCUGACUUUGCCAGCAGCUUCCUGAAGGAAAGGCACAGGUACAUCCUGCUCAAAGUCAUCAGAGGAGAUGGCGGUGAAGGGAACAAAUAUGAAUCUCUUUUACUGAACCUAGGAAAAUGCCACCCCGAUUUAGCAGAUGUCCUACAGAAGCUGUCGAACCCCCAGAGAGACCGGGAGAGGAAGAACUGUGUCUCGAGGAAAGGCCGUCAGCACAAAGACCCUCCGUCCACCCACCCCCACACUAAGAAUAAAACCCCUUCCACCAGCAAGAAGAAUUCCAAUAUCAACCACAGAACCUAACAAGAGCCCUCCUCACAUGCACUGAGGAAAUAGACUGAAUCUCAGAAAAAACUGCUUAGAAUGAGACAUCUGCAAAGGAAAUGUUGCCUUCAAAGUCCUUGCAAUGUUACAAAUACACACACACACACACACACAUUGUGUAUACCAGAAGAGAUGUUUUUUGUCUGUUACCAUCUGCAUUAAAGGAUUAGCAUUAACUAUGUGUAUGCUAAUGAGUCAGAAGCAAAAUCUGAUGCUGUCUUCGAAUCUAAAGGAAAAUGCUGAGAACUUCACAGUCGCAAAACAGCAGAACGUCUUCAGGAGGAUUAUUUA